UAGCUGUUCAGGAGUCUUAUGGCUUGGGGGUAAAAGCUGUUGAGAAGCCUUUUGGUCCUAGACCUGGCCCCCCGUGUAACUGACAAUUAAUCUGUAAGUCUAUGUCGUUGUUUUUUUGUUUGAAUUGUUUACGUGUUCGCUAUGCGGGGGAAAUGAUAAGACAGGUGGAACGACGUGGCUAAUAACUGUUGUAACGGGGAUCAUUAUCGUAGCAACACAUCUUUGGGUGUAAAGGCAUUCCCGCGCGGUGUUAGCUAAGUUUUCAUGUUACCGGAUGUAGUUCGUAAAGGUUGAUAUGUGUAUGUUAGGAUGAAGCGUGAAUUCAUGCCAGGAAUAAUAAGUGUGAAGUUUGAUUUCCUCCCUUCUGUAAUAAGCAGCCAAUGAGUUCUCACGGAAGGUGAUAAUUCUGACUAAACUACAGAAUAAAGCCGCCAGUCAAAAUCAAGGAACGGUUGUGCUCGUGGUUACUGGAGGGAGCUACAGUGAGAACUCAGUGCUCUUCACGAGCAAGAGAGAAAGAAGAAUCUCAUCCAGCUGUAAAGUCUACAAGAUACCCAAAUCCUGGUAGGCCCUGUCAUCUGCCAGAUAAGAGUUUUGCACCUACCUGCAACCUAAGAAGAACAUCUCCACAUAAGGAAGCAUCGUGAGGCAACAUAAGGUCAAGGCUAACAGGAAAGUCAGACACGCAGGUACAAGUCAAAGCGUUUGAAGGUGGCCCUAGCCUUGUGAACUGCUAAUUAGAGACUUUAAGAUUACAAUUCGUAAGGACUGGAGAUAGUUGUGUAUUUCAUCAAGACGCUGGUAUUAUGCAUUUGCUCUUUCUUUCUUAAUGUAUCGUUAUUAUGUGUAUUACUGGAAAAAUAUUAUUUGAUACUUACUAAAACAAUAUAUAUAUUGCUACAAAACAUUAAGGGUCAGCGUACACCUAUUAAUUAUAUUUUCACCUGUAAGUUAAUAGUGUAAUUGUUUGGUAAGGUGUUUGUUCAAGCCUUUGUUACAAGCAUUAUACAUGUUUAUACCACGUACUAAGGUUUAAAUUACCUACUCACUUAUCCAAACCUUACCUAGAAUUGAUUUGAUUUGAUUUAGAAUGUCAGAAAAGGGUAGUUUCACUAAAGGAGAUAGAGAUGGGGUGGGUCAAGUUGAGCAGCAACACCUCGCAAACUUCAAGCCUUCAUCAGAACAAACAGAGCAGCAGGAAGAGACCCGGACUGGUGUGGAGUCACGGCUGCCAGCGAAUGAUGAUACAGAAGCUGCUAAUGAGACAUCACAACAAGAGCCACGAAAAGGUGAGAGGGUCCGCAGGUUAACUGAAAAGAGCAGAGAACUGCGCGACGAAAGGUGGAGACAGCUCGAACAUCGUUUCAGGGUCAGCUAUGAGAAGUGGAAGGCUCUGGUAAAGGAAGCAAAACUGUCACUGACAGGAUGUUGCUCUGAAGACCUACUAGAAGACCUCUUAAACAAGAUCAGCCAUACCUCUACAGAGCUAAACCUUGUUUAUGUAAAUUUGCGUCAAAUUGACAUUCCCGACAACGAUAUACGCCGCAGAGUUGAUACGUGUGAAGCAGUUACAAUGUCUAUUAUCAAGACUGUAAGGUGUCAUUUAAAGGUCAGGGAAGAAGGUCAAAGUAACCAGAUAGAGCUGCACUGGAAGGACAGCAAUCCUUGUGCAUGUCUGAACUCUCACAUAAGUCAAGUCUCAACUAUCAGCCCUCAAGCGCUUCCUCCCAGUCUCAAAGCAACUCAAAGGUCAACUUCAGACACUCAAGCGUGUCAUCUGUUAAGAGACAAGUUGCUGCUAACCAAGCAGCUUUAGAAGUAAUGGUUAAGCAAGAAAGCCAACUAGAAGAGCUUCAGAGACUCGAAGAUGAAGAUAAGAAGAGGACAGCGGAGCAAGAAGCUGAGGCUGUGAAACGCAGCUUAGAAGAAGCUAGGCUGCGAGUCAAGUUAGAGGUAGAAAAUGCUGCCAGACGAAGGACGCUAGAAGACAAGCGUAGAGAGUUAGAGCGCUUAGAAGUGCUCAAGAAACUAAAUACUGCCAAGGCGCGGAUGCAAGUGUAUGAGCAAGAUGAAAACUCAGAGGACGAGAAGAGAGAACUACUCUCUAACUUCAAAUCUGUGAAAGAAGUCAUGCACAGAAGUGGCUCAUUUCACAGUCUCUCACCACAACAUGUUGUGACAAGCACACAACAUGAAGAUAGCACCAAGACCAUGUUCAGGUUACUAGCGGAAUCAAUCAGUGAAAGCCGCCUCCCCAUACCAGAACCAGUGACAUUCAAUGGAGAACCACUCUCGUUCACUGACUGGAAGGUCUCUUUUCAGACUCUGAUAGACAGGAAGAACAUACCAGCAACUGAGAAUAUAUAUUACUUAAGAAAAUAUGUCGGUGGGCCUGCCAAGAAAGCCAUCGAAAGUUACUUUAUGUUAGGAACAGAGUCAGCCUACCAUGCUGCGUGGACCAUUCUUGAAGAAAGGUACGGAAACAAAUUCCUCAUCGCCAAGUCCUUCAGAGAUAAGCUCAAUGCAUGGCCUAAGAUAGGAUCCAAGGACAGUCUUAAACUUAGAGACCUUGUAGAUUUUCUCCGCAGCUGUGAGGCUGCUAUGUUUCAGAAUAAGGGCCUGAAGGUGCUUAAUGACUGUAAUGAAAACCAAAAGAUCCUCGCUAAACUUCCAGAUUGGCUAAUUUCAAGAUGGAAUAGAAAGGUCAUAGACAUCCUAGAAGAAACUGAGACCUUUCCCAGCUUCAGUCAGUUUGUAAAGUUUCACACGAGAGAAGCCAAGAUCGCUUGCAAUCCUGUAACAUCCCUUCACGCUUUGAAACCAAGCGAAGAUGGAAAACCUAAGACGCCAAGGAUUCAAAGCCCUGGAGCAAGGGUAUUAGCAACUAACUCUGAUGAGAAAAAUACUGUCACUAGUUGUGUCUUCUGUGAGAAGUCAGGUCAUAGUCUCCACAAAUGUUGGAAGUUCAUGGAUAAGCCCACCGCAGAGCGACAGAAGUUUGUUCAAGAGAAUAAAUUGUGCUUCGGCUGUUUAAGGCCUGGGCAUCGUUCGAAAGAUUGUGAUAACAGGAACACCUGUGACACGUGUCAGAGGAGGCAUCCAUCCUGCCUGCACGAAGAUCGUACUAAAGAAAGGUCAAGGGAUAGGAAGACAGAGCCCCCACAAGAUAAGGGGACAAGUGCGUCAAGUGAAGCCAUAUCUAACAGAGUCGUAAGGGACAUUAACAACACUCACACCUCCACAAUCAUUCCAGUAUGGGUGUCAACCACAAGCGAGCCCGAUCGUGAAGUUCUCGUGUAUGCACUUCUUGACACCCAGAGCGACACCACCUUUAUCCUUGAAGAGACAACAAAGGCUCUCAAUACAAAGAAGGAGCCAGUACAACGAAACUCUCUACAAUGGCCUCAAGGAAUACCAUCGUGCCCAGCCAGAAGCUGUCUGGUUUGCAGGUUAGAGGGUUUUACCUGGAGAAGAAAAUCCCUCUGCCAACUACCUACUCGAGAGAGUUUAUUCCUGCAAACAGAGAUCAUAUUCCUACUCCAGAGACGGCAAGAGCAUGGUCUCAUCUUCAACACAUUGCAGAGGAGAUUGCUCCUCAACAGAGCUGUGAUGUCGGUCUCUUAAUUGGCUACAACUGCUCCCAGGCUCUCCUUCCAAGAGAAAUUGUGUCUGGUAAGGGAAAUCAGCCUUUUGCUCAGAGAACAGACCUUGGCUGGAGCAUAGUCGGCUAUGGAAACCCAUGUAUCGACUAUGGCGACGCUAUUGGAGUGAGUCAUCAGGUUAUCGUUAGACAGGUGAUGCCAAGUCUUCAAUCUUCUUUCAACCUCACAAAUCAAGUACACUAUGUUUGUAGAACACGCGUAAGAGAGGUAAUCACAGCACGGGACGUUAUCAAGACGCUUGAAUCCGACUUCAAUGAGAGAGCUGCAGAAGAGGACCUCAUAUCUCAAGAGGAUAUCCGGUUCCUGACAAAAAUGAAAGCGGGCAUCUGACGCAAGGACAAUGGACAUUACGAGAUGCCGCUGCCAUUUAAGGAAGAAAGACCCAACCUGCCGAACAAUAAAACAUGUGCAGUUCACCGUCUCAAGUGCCUGGAAAGGAGGCUGAGGAGAGACAAGCAGUACUACAAGGACUACACAGCAUUUAUGGAAGAGACCAUAGCUCGUGGAGAUCCUGAGAAGGUCUCCAAGGAAGAAAUUAACAAGCAUCCAGCAUGGUACAUCCCACAUCAUGGGGUUUAUCACCCACAAAAGCCUGGGAAGAUAGGAGUCGUCUUUGACUGCUCAGCUAAGUUUCGAGAGACGUCCUUGAAUGACCAUCUCCUCACCGGUCCAGAGUUGACAAACACAUUGCUGGCAAAAUCUUUUGUCAUUUUCGUAAGGGUCCAGUUGCAAUCAUGUGUGAUGUAGAGCGCAUGUUCCACCAGUUUCAUGUGAAAGCAGAAGACCAAGAUCAUCUGCGGUUCCUUUGGUGGGAGAACGGCGAUCUAGAGUCUCAACCCUCAGUGUAUCGUAUGAAGGUCCACUUGUUCGGUGCAGCUUCAUCUCCUGGUUGCGCCAACUAUGGUCUCAAACAUCUCGCUGCUGAAGGACGAGGAAGCUUCAGCGAGAAGUCUAUCCAGUUCAUAGAAAGGAACUUUUAUGUUGAUGAUGGGUUGACGAGCGUAUCGUCUGAAGCUGAAGCGGCCCAGCUGGUGAAAGAAGCAAGAGAGCUUUGCAGCAUCGGCAAACUUCGGUUGCACAAGUUUAUCUCUAACAGCAAGGAAGUUAUAGCCACAAUUCCCAAGGAAGAAUGUGCUGAGGGUGCCAAAGACCUGGAUAUGGCUCUGGGUGAACCACACAUGGAGAGGGCGCUUGGUGUACUAUGGUGUGUCGCAUCAGACAAGUUCCAGUUUAGGGUAGUUGUUAAGGAACGCCCACUCACAAGAAGAGGAGUGUUGUCUACAGUAGCCUCUGUAUAUGAUCCGCUUGGGUUUGUGGCACCCUUUGUCCUGGCAGGGAAGCAGAUCUUGCAGCAGAUGUGUCGUGACAAGAUCGACUGGGAUGAGCCCAUUCCAGAUGACCUACGUUUCCAGUGGGAAUUCUGGCUCCAAGGUCUACAAAAGUUGUCGGAAGUAAGGAUCCAACAAGGCUACUUGCCAUCAAGUUUCAAGGAAGUGCAGAGUUAUGAGCUCCAUCACUUCUCCGACGCUAGUACCUCAGGUUAUGGAGAGUGCUCAUACCUCAGAACAAUCAGCACAGCAGGAGAAGUUCAUUGCUCCCUAGUUAUGGGGAGGUCGAGAGUCGCCCCUUCCAAUAUUACGACCAUACUACGACUGGAACUUUCAGCAGCGGUGGUAGCUGCUUUCUUUGGCAAGAAGAACUUCCCAAAGGACAAGUCAAGGGGGGAGAGUUCUCAGACAAUGACCCAGAGCUGCAGAAAUCCCUGGUCCAUGAUACCCAGGCAAAGGAAGAAAGAUCGUUACUAGAUCACCUUCACAAGUUCUCAGACUGGGCAAGAGUGGUAAAAGCUAUUGCCAGGCUCAAACGACGUGUCAAGGAAGCCAUAGGCUUAAAAUUGAGGUCUAGUGAAGCUACAAGCAUAGAAGAAAGGAGAGAGGCAGAGCUCACCAUUAUAAGGAUGGUUCAAGAAGCAGCCUUCUCCCAUGAGAUACACAACCUUAGGCACCAGAAAGACAUCAAGACCAAAGAUAAACCAAGCAAGUUGCAUAAAUUGAGUCCAUUUCUGGAUGAGCAAGGUAUCCUCAGGGUGGGAGGUCGCUUGGCUCAUGCAACUCUUCAUUCCCACGUGAAGCAUCCUGCAAUCCUGCCAAGAGAUAGCCACUUGUCAGUGCUGCUCGUCAAGCACUAUCAUGAAAGAGUACGACACCAAGGACGUGGAAUAACGAUCAAUGAGCUGCGAUCCAACGGUAUAUGGAUCCUAGGAUGCAGCAAUGCAGUUUCCUCACACAUCUACAAAUGUGUGAAAUGCAGGAAAUUCAGAAGAUGUACAGAAGAGCAAAGGAUGGCAGAUCUUCCGAAGGAACGCAUGGAGACCACGCCUCCCUUCACAUACUGCGGGAUGCUGCUUUGGACCUUUCUAUGCCAAGGACGGAAUAAGAGAGUUAAAGUGUUAUGGGCUCCUACUCACUUGCAGGGGCUCUCGAGCAGUUCACAUUGAAAUGCUUGAUGACUUAACCACCGAUGCCUUUAUCAAUGCCCUGCGUUCAUUCAUUGCCAUACGUGGUAAUGUUCGUCAAAUCAGAUGUGAUCAAGGCAGCAACUUCAUUGGCGCAAGACGCGAGUUUGUGGACGCCCGGAAGGAAAUGGAUCAAGAACGAUUGAAGGAACUUGGAUGCGAGUUUAUCAUGAACACCCCAUCUUCAAGUCACAUGGGUGGUGUUUGGGAAAGGCAAAUCCGCACGAUACGAAGUGUCUUGACAUCCAUUCUUGAUCAGUCAGACGGAAGACUCGACAGCGCUUCUCUGCGUACCUUUCUCUAUGAAGUCAUGGCGAUUUUAAAUAGUAGGCCCCUAACUACGGAAUAUCUGAAUGAUCCAUUAGGUCCAGACCCGCUCACACCAAAUCACAUCUUGACAAUGAAGUCCACAAAUCUCUUACCACCACCUGGACAGUUCAUCAAGGAAGAUCUUUAUCUCCGCAAGAGAUGGCGCAGAGUACAAUUCUUAGCCAAUGAAUUCUGGGCAAGGUGGAAGAAAGAGUACCUCCUAAACCUCCAACACAGGCAGAAAUGGAAUAAAGACAGAAGAAACGCAAGUAUUAAUGACAUUGUCAUAUUGCAAGAUGAUACUGUACCACGCAACCAGUGGAAAUUGGCAAAGGUUACAGAAGUGUACCUGGGACAGGAUGGCCGGGUGAGAAGAUGCAAGUUACUGAUCAGCGACUCAACCCUGGAUGAGAGAGGUAAACGCAUCACCAAACCCACCUAUCUGGAGAGGCCCAUCCAUAAGACAGUCACCCUCCUGGAAGCCGAUCAAAAAACCUGCAGACCCCUUUCACAGAAAUCACAGGUGAUUGGUGGGAGUGUAACUGACAAUUAAUCUGUAAGUCUAUGUCGUUGUUUUUUGUUUGAAUUGUUUACGUGUUCGCUAUGCGGGGGAUAUGAUAAGACAGGUGGAACGACGUGGCUAAUAACUGUUGUAACGGGGAUCAUUAUCGUAGCAACACAUCUUUGGGUGUGAAGGCAUUCCCGCGCGGUGUUAGCUAAGUUUUCAUGUUACCGGAUGUAGUUCGGAAAGGUUGAUAUGUGUAUGUUAGGAUGAAGCGUGAAUUCAUGCCAGGAAUAAUAAGUGUGAAGUUUGAUUUCCUCCCUUCUGUAAUAAGCAGCCAAUGAGGUAUUUUUUCCUUUAUUCGUGUGUUCAAUCUGAUACUAUUAUAGCUCCGGCUAAACUGUUUAUGUAAGUAAGUACUUCAGAGUUAUACCAAGCUAAUAAGUCACUCAUAAGACAAGAAGGUGUAAGAGUGUGCUUAAACUGUAUUUUCAUUUACUUUAUAGUUCUCACGGAAGGUGAUAAUUCUGACUAAACUACAGAAUAAAGCCGCCAGUCAAAAUCAA